CGUAAACGUCAAUCACGCCGGCUCUCAGCGGCGUCGACGUGCGCUGCGGGACUGCGCAUGCUCGCGAGGGGAGCGCUCGUUACGGGCGGCCUCUUGCUCCCCCGCCGCGCCGGUGAUGGCUUUUGAGGAGGUCGGGCUCCGCGUUCGACACGGGCCGAACUGAUCCGCGGAGCCGCGAAGGGCCUGCCCCGGCCGAGGGACGGAACACAAAUACUGCGGGCAGUGUUUGAAGAUGGCCCUGAACUAUGCGUCGCUGUCCGCCGGCGACCGAAGGAGCAGGGUGUCCCACCGCUCUUCCCUCGGCGACCUCAGCUCGUCGGCCUUAGCGUUGGCGAUGGUCUCCGGAGACAGCUUCCUCGUUACCAGGCCCCAGGCGGUUCUCCCGGAACUUAUUCCGCGGCCGGCGGUGCGGCUGAACGUCCGGGGCGAGAGCCGUCGGGCGCCUGGGGGCGGCCGGAGCCUGACCCGCUUUAUACAGGGAAGGGAGCCGGAUGCGCGCAGCCGGAGCCGCCUAGCCCGCUUCUCACCUUACCCCGCGCCCGGGGCUAAGCUCGACCUCCUGCGAAGUGUGCUCCAGCAGCGUCUGGCGGCGCUCGGAGGCGUGAUCGCAGCCCGUCUGGCGGCUUGAAACGAACACCUCCCUCCGCCCCUCAAUGCGCUGGUGAACAAGGCCUCUCUCAAAU